ACACACGCACACAUCCACCCCUCCCCACACAUACACUUUCUCAACCCUCUCUACCCCCAGUUGUUGUUCUCCUACUCAUACUCUUUGAGUGGAGUUGGCGUCUCUCCGUUCCCUGUCAUCCGUUCUGUUUUUGUCUUUGUUUUGUUUCACCGCUUUCUCGGUGACGAUCCAUCUUGCGCCAACCCGUUCCUGCCUGUUCAACUGACGCCACCACUACCACCUUGCUCUUCCCUCCCCUCCCUUCCUCUUUCCUUCUGAACUCUCCUUCUCAUCUACCCCUCGACCCUUUCUUUUCCGCACUUUCCCUCCCACCUACCCCCUCGACCCUUUCUUUUCCGCCCUCUCCCACCCGCCUCCUCCCCUAGCGUGCAAGGCAAAUCGCUUCUCAACUCGUGACGGCCAUCGCGUCUUAUCGACGUUCAGCGCGCAGCCGAGAAAGCUCGACGGCCGACCGACACCUAGAGCGGCGAAGGUAGCGGCGAAGGCUAUAGGGAAUCCCCGCCCACUUCGCACCCGAUUGGUUCUGGGGCGCCGGACGGGGCCAAUCACAGACAGCUUUAGAUAGAGGGGCCCUAGGACGGCCGACUUGACGGCGAAAUAAUGGCGUCGAAGAAUCGCUUGCGGUUCCCCCCUCUAGAUUCCGUGUGUGUGUGUGGUUUGUGUGCGUGUUCGUGGGGCGAAGAAGAAAAGUCGCCCCGCUAGGCCUGCAACAAUAGCUGGCUGGCAUGGUGUGUCAUUCACGAUUUGUGGAAGGAAAGAAAGAAAAAGAAAAAAGAAAAGAAAAGAAAAAAACGACAAAAAGAGGCAAAGAAAAUCUGGAAAUGAUUGAUUUAUGAUAACAGAGGCUGGAAAGAAGUGAAAGAAAAUUCCUCACAAUCGUGUCACAUUUUUUUUCUUUCAUUGGCUUAUUUAUUUUUAUCCAAGACUAUUACAGAAACGGCGAGUGUGGUGUUAUUUCUGGCACUGUGCAUCAGAGCUUGCUCCAUUCUGCUCGUUUCGCUCGUGAGAAGCAGGGACACAGUGUGUGUGUAAAUACGACAGGAACACACGAGAUCGUAGACGCACGACCGUGUAGUGUAACCUAGCGAGCUCGUCUGCGAGGGCCGUAUUUUGUCUGAAAUGAAUGAGGAGACGCUUCUCCCAUCCUCGGUGACUGCUGCUGCUGCUGCAGUAAUAAUAAUAAUUGUGUGACAGACAACUCCCCCGAGGCGAAACAAGGAGAAUGAUGAAGACGAGGACGUGAACGAUACUGUAGUACCAACCUCCUGUUGUAACUUACCUCCGAGCGACCCUCGCGACACAACUGCUAUAACCGACAGGAACGAAAUUCAUUAGCGACCUACGACGCACAACGACAUGCGGAUGGAUGACUCCGGUUGACUCUCCUCUCCGGGCUAUCAUUGCACGUAUUAUUGCUCUAAUUAUUCUCAGUCACCUCCUUAAGAAGCCACAGGAGAUGGGCAGUAUGCGCGGACACACGACUCCCCCGCCCCAGGCCACAACUAGUGUCAGUGUAGGUCUAGAUCUAACUGACUAACCGCUCGACUCAGCUGUAACAAUAAUACCAGCUAGCUCGGGCGACAGUUCUCGGAUCCUAAAGCAAACACAGUUCGUCCUAGCGAUAGUUAUAACUCGAGCUAUUUGCUUUACGCUAGUUAUAAUAACUAUAACUGUUACACUGCUAUUUGAUAGUCGUCGACUUGGGCGGACGGACAGUGCAUCUCGCUACAGGCCUACGGAGAGAGAGAGAGAGAAAUAAUAGAUCUAGCUACAGCAGCAGGGGGAAAUAUUUGGAUAAUGAUAUGCGAACAGUACACAGAUAUGGAUAGCAACAACAAUCGUCGGCUGAGAUUCUCUUCUCUCGGGAUGGAGGCGUCGCCUCUGGACUUUAUACGAUAGUCUGUCGUGAGAUAAAACUCGGGAAAGUUGACAGUGUACACCCCCACCACCCCUACCCCGCACCAUGGCCUACCCUCCUUACGUAUACCAGCGACCUGGAGAUUUCGCCAACCCCAGCUCCCCCCACCCCACCGCCUUCCUCUCCCCCCGCCUCUCCCCCUUCUCGCUGCCCCUCGGAGCCCACUACGGGAUUGGAACCCCUGGCUCUGGCCACCCGGGGUUAGCGGCGGCCUACGGGUCUGUGGCGGGGGGUCUGGGGGUCGGAUCCCUGCCCAAUUUCUUGCUGACGGAGUACCUUGCUCACCCGGACUAUUACAGGAGUUUGAGAGCGGCGGCUGGCAUCGAGCCCAAGGAUGACGGGGUCAAGGACAACCCCCGGGCUGAGCUGGACGGGAAGAACCUGUGGGACCUCUUCGCGGAGCACGGCACGGAGAUGGUCAUCACAAAGUCCGGACGGAGAAUGUUCCCGUCCUUCAAGGUCAAGGUCUCAGGCCUGGACAAGAAAGCCAAGUAUAUCCUGCUGCUGGACAUUGUACCUGUGGACGACUGCAGGUACAAGUUCCACAACGGCAAGUGGUCAAUUGCGGGCAAGGCUGACCCCGAGAUGCCGCGCCGCAUGUACAUCCACCCGGACUCACCCUGUACCGGGGACCAGUGGAUGCAGAAGGCCAUCAGCUUCCAGAAGCUCAAGCUCACCAACAACAUCGCUGAUAAAAACGCCUAUGCCCGCAGCCCAGAGAAGUGA